AAGAAGAUUAAAAAACAUUGAAUUUUGUUUUCUAAACCCACUUAUCUCAAAACCACUCUCUGCAAGCAAACAAUUUUCCUUCACCUAUGAUCAACCUCUCCACCAUGAUUGCUGCAAUCAUCAUCCUACUCCUAAGUUUCAUCAACGAAGGGUGUGCUGCUGGAAGCUGCAGUUUGGACACCAUUAACAUAGGAACACAGAGAAGCGGAAGGGAGAUUGGGGGGCAACCUGAAUGGAACGUUCAAGUGAUCAACAACUGCGAUUGUCCUCAGAAGCAGAUUAUCUUGUCCUGCCAAGGGUUUCAGACUAUUGAACCCGUUGAUCCAUCGAUUCUGUCAAAGCAAAGGGACAAUUGCCUUCUCAUAAAUGGCGGAAUUGUACAGCCUGGUUCUUCGGUUUCAUUUUCCUAUGCUUGGGAUCCCCCUGUCAUCAUGCUCCCUCGUUUCUCUGUUUCUCUCUGUCCAACCUGAACCACCUAAACACUUCCAAAAAAAAUCGUUAAUAUUAAAGUUAGGGGGAAAAUUUGAAAAAAUAAUCGUUCCUUUUGUAUGAAAAAGAUUGUAAUCGAUUAUAGAUGAUGCCUUAAGAUCAAUAUAUAUCUUGAAUUUGUUUCUUCA